AUGUCACCCUCCCUCAUCCAUCCUCUGUCGUCCAUCAAGGCGCUCACGUUCGACGUCUUUGGCACCGUCGUCAACUGGCGCCUCUCCGUCGUCGACGAACUCAGCCUCCGCGCCCAUCGCAAACUCAACAGCCUACCGGAUGACGCGCCCCUCCGAGACCGUCUGUCGUCGGUGGACUGGUCGCGCUUCGCACAGCAAUGGCGGGACGCGUACGGCCGCUUCACACAGGGGUACGACCCGGCGCGGGAUACCUGGAAGUCCGUGGACGAGCACCAUCGAGACAGCCUCGUGGAGCUGCUGGGGGAGUAUCGCCUCGAGGACCUGUACACGGACGCGGAGAUUGCGUCUCUGAGCCUGGUAUGGCACAGACUCACGCCGUGGGACGACUCGUCCGCUGGGCUUCAGACGCUCAACAGUCAUCGCAUUAUCACCUCCACGCUGUCCAACGGCAACACGUCGCUCCUGCAGGAUCUUGCGGACUUUGGGUCGCUGCCGUUUCAGCAUCUGCUGUCGGCAGAGACGUUCAAGGCGUAUAAGCCCAACCCGGCCACCUAUCAGGGUGCAGCCCGAGCGCUUGGGGUCGACGUUGGCGAGGUGGCCAUGGUGGCAGCGCAUCUCAAUGACCUCAAGGCCGCCAGGGACUGUGGCAUGAAGACCAUCUAUGUGCAGAGGGCACAAGAAGAGGCAUGGAACGAGGACGAUGAGAGGUACAAGGAGGCCAAGGAAUGGGUGGACAUGUGGGUUGCACAGGAUGCGGGUGGCUUCGAGGAGGUCGCGCGACUGCUGUCAGAGCUGAGGUGA